AUGUCGUCCAUGUUCCAGAAAGCCAGUACUUUCUUAGGUGGCGGCGACGGAGAUGGAUCGAAGAAAUAUGAUGAGGAGGGCGAGUCGCUUACAACCGUUCUAGAUACGGAUGAAGACCGUAGCUCACUCACAAUUCUCGUUUCUGACAUUACUGAACUUAUGCGCAAACGCCUUAUAGACACCUUCGACCCCAAAGAAACGGGCUCUCAAGAAGACCACCUUUUUGCGCUGGCGAGCGACAAUAGCGAACUGGCUAAUCUCGAGAAACUCAGCGAUGAGGAACGAGGGAAGGGAAUACAAAAGAUACUAGAAAAUAAAAAAACAGAACUAGCCGAACGUGAGAAGGAGGUUAGCGAAGAGGAAAUUGUUACGCUCAAGACAAGCGUACUAGAGUUUUUUGACAACUGGAGGGACACCGUUGUGAUCCGUGUCGGGGAAGUUGUUAACUCUAGGAAAACAGCCGAGAAACAAUCGAAGCAAGCCAAGCCAGAACUCGCAGGCUUAGAUACUGAACCGAGAUUGGAGGGUAUCGAGACUGAGGAGCACGAGAAUACGAUCACCGAAGCAUUAUUGAAGAGAUACCCCCCCGUCGAAACCGCGUUGCGCAAAAUGGCCAAGGAGAAGCGGAUACUAAUACUUCACUCAGUACUCCUGCUCCUUCUGAGCCUGGAGGACUAUAACGCCUAUUCGCGGGUUCUAUUGCUGUACCUAACCACCAGCCUGGGUCUCUCGGCUACGGUGCUUUCAGAGGACGAAAAGAAAGUCGCUCGCGGGCUUCUUACGGCGGCUAAGAAAAUGUCGGCUGAUAAGGAGACGAAGAAGAGAGCUGAAGAGAACCGUACCGCUCGCAAGUGGAAGAUGGGCGUAGCUGGAGUCGCUGGUGCGGCCCUCAUCGGUAUCACCGGCGGAUUGGCUGCUCCUCUCCUGGCCUCUGGGGUCGGCACUGUUCUAGGUGGAAUUGGUCUCGGGGCUACCGCUACGGCAGGCUAUCUUGGAGCGUUAGCCGGAAGUGGCGUUUUAAUGACAAGUGAAGCUAUGGAACAAUAUACUCGAGAUGUGGAAGACUUUGCUUUUGUGCCCAUCGAAAAACCAGGGGAGAGUGAAAUUGAAGCACGCCGGUUGCGAAUUGCCAUUGGUAUUUCUGGCUGGCUGGGCGAUAAAGACGAGGUGGUCACGCCCUGGAAAUGUAUCGGUCCAGGCCAAGAACCGUUUGCUCUCCGCUUCGAGCUGGAAGCGCUGAUCAAUCUGGGGAACGCGCUUACAACCCUAGUCACUUCCACGGCUUGGUCCUACGCGAAAUCUGAGAUCAUUAAACGCACUGUUUUUGCGGCAUUGUCCGCUGGCUUGUGGCCGCUAGGCUUGCUGAAAGCCAGUCAUAUUAUUGACAACCCCUGGAGUAUUGCUAACCAGCGUGCCCAAAAAGCUGGAGAAGUUCUUGCCGAUGCUCUUAUAAACAAAGCGCAAGGCGAGCGACCUGUCACACUUAUCGGAUACUCCCUCGGCGCUAAGGUUAUAUAUGUGUGUCUACAGGAGCUUGCUAAGCGGAAGGCCUUUGGUCUAAUCGAGAAUGCCAUAAUGUUGGGCGCGCCGAUUCCCAGCAGUUCAGCCGAUUGGCGCCGCAUCCGUUCUGUCGUUGCCGGAAGAGUUGUUAAUGCAUACAGCGCGGAUGACUACAUUCUCGCGUUUUUAUACAGAAGUAGCAGCAUCCAGUUCGGAGUUGCCGGGCUACAUCCUGUUCUCGAUGUCCGUGGCGUCGAGAACGUUGACGUUGGUGAUCUAGUCAAAGGCCACACGUUGUACCGACAUGCGACGGCACCGAUCCUUAAGCGUAUCGGUUUCGAAGACAUUGACUUGCAGGAAAUUAGACGCGAAGAACAUCAAUUGGCAGAGAAAAAGAAGGAAGAAGAGCAGCGCGAGGCUGCUGAGAGCGGCGCUAAGCAGGAGGGCACUGGCGAUAACCCAAGUAUCAGUGAGGGAGAGAUCCGCAGGGUGGAACAAGAAAUCGAACUAGUUUGA